UAAAUUCAUACAUAAGCUUCCACGUACAAAAGUUCCAGCAAUACUUCUAGUAUUUCAAAAUCGAUUCCAAGGACGAAUCAAACCCCCUUGUCGGUGAAGAAGCCAUGAGACGAAACAAACGUCCUGACCUCAGCUUACCACUCCCUAACCGCAACGUGGCUCUCGCUGUCCCUCUCCCCCUCCCUCCUCCUCCAUCCUCCUCCUCUGCUCUGGCCUCCUCUUCCGCGAUCUCCACCAACAUCUCCGCCGCCAAGAGCUUAUCCGAGCUAGAGCGCGUGAACCGAAUCGGGAGCGGCGCCGGAGGAACGGUCUACAAAGUGAUCCACCGUCCCACCUCGCGCCCCUUCGCUCUCAAGGUGAUCUACGGUAACCACGACGACAACGUGAGGCGCCAGAUCUGCAGAGAGAUCGAGAUCCUUCGGAGUGUUGACCACCCCAACGUCGUGAAAUGCCACGACAUGUUCGAUCACAACGGCGAGGUCCAGGUCUUGCUCGAGUUCAUGGACAAAGGGUCCCUCGAAGGAAGACACGUAUCGCGAGAAGACGAGCUCGCUGAUCUCACGCGCCAGAUUCUCAGCGGCUUGGCGUAUAUCCACCGCCGCCACAUCGUCCACCGCGACAUCAAACCGUCGAAUCUUCUCAUAAACUCGGCCAAUAACGUCAA